GCCCAGAAUCAAGCCACCUAUCUACCAGCUGGCCUUCACUGCCACUAAAGCCUCUGGUUUUAGGGUAUGUGACAUCAAGGCAGCGGCACAAAGGCCUAAUCACGUUAACGUCCACAACCAGACGCUCAACUCAUCUGACUAAUCAAAGACAUCAGCUCGUUCAGAGAGAGAAGAUGCACUGUAUGAGUAAUCAGAUUUGCAGUGUGUACAGCAUUCCAAAAUCAACAGUUAUCAGAAACAUUUCACCAGUACCCAUUUCUGCACAGAAAGAAGAUUGGCAAUAUCCUGGUGGUGAACGAUGUCUAUAAUGUUAAGCACAACAAAUGACAAAACCUUCCAGGCGUGCACAUCAGCACAGGGGUCAGGGAAGUGAUUACGGUGAACGCUGACAUGAAUGUGCAGAGGUGAAAUACUGGGUGAAUUCAUCUUCUCCCGUGCAAAGAGACCAAUCACAACAAAGGCGGAACAUUCAGCGGCAAAAAACAAAAAGAGGGCAGAGAUGGCAACUGGUGAUCUGAAAGGAUGUCUCAUGAAACUGGAAGCGUCUCUCCGCUCUCUGAAAUAUCCCAGAGAUGUGGACUAUCAAAGACUGGCUGUGGGCGAUCCAUCAGUGUAUCUUCCCGUUGUGAGCUAUGCCUUCACUUCCUUCUCCCCAUCAAUUGCAGAGCACCUGAUUGAAUAUGGUGUGGAACUAACUGGAAUGAAUGAUCUACGUUUUAUUGAGAAUGUUUACAAGGUCUUGCGAGAUGUUUUCAGCUAUAAACCACUGCUGACCAAACAACAGUUCUUACAGUUUGGCUUUUCUGAGAGGAAAGUCACCAUUCUCUGCGAUAUCAUUAGCCUUGUGCUCAACAAACACAAAGAGCUUACUAAAGAAAGCAAGCUUGCCAAUAAGCCAAAGAGAAGGCCUCAGUAUAAGAGCUGCAUUAAGAAUGAGAUCCCAUCUGCUGAGAGUGACUCACUAGGAUUACCUAUCCUGACAGUUCCCCAAAAGCAGCCACUGGUGGAAAGACACCUUGGCAGCAGCUCAACGCAGAAUCAGAUCAGACUCUACUCGGAUGAGCAGCCACAGCAGGAAGAGGAAACAGAAAAGAGGGAGACAGACAGUGAAUGUUUUGAGGACUCGUCGCAACCUUCCAAUUCCACUGAGUUUGUUUUAGAGAGCAGGCUGAAGGGGUUGGAGGACAGGCUUCUGGAUAGUGUUGGCAGGCUGGAGCAGCGAUUGGCCCUUAUGGAACACAGGAUACAAGCUCUGGAGAAAAGUCUGGCAGGCAAGAUUAUCAUUGAGAGCAACCAAUGGGAGAACUUAGAGAGUCGUGUGCUGCUGUUAGAGACCAGUCAUGCACUGACCUCAGCACAGGCACUAACAUCAGGAAAUGGUGUUUGUGUUGUCAGCACAGACAAGGGUGAAUUUGAAGAGGAGACAGUGUCUUCACAUGGCUUUUCCACAGUUAUCCAACCACAAUGUGACAUCAGUACUACUGGACACUCUUCAGCCACUCCUCUUCCGACCGCUCCAGAGAAUAUUAAAGAAAGACUGGAGAGAAUAGUAAACAUGAUGAAGGACACAUCGAAUUUUCUGCAAAAUAUAGAGCCGACAAUGUGAAUUGAUCACAUCCCAAACAACCUAUUUUAGUAUGCAUUCAAACUGACUCUUCUGUUACAUUUACAUUAAAAAAGUAAGUGCCUUUUCCUCUAGAUGUCACUGGAAACCAAGUGAAAUUGAAAGGUGAAUGAGUCUAUGGCGCCCUCUAAGGUCUGUUAUUUGUAUUACAGCCCAUUCUAAAAGCAGGAUCAGUUCCUAGUCACACAGCAGUUGUGCUUUCACUUGAUUAUCAGAUAAAGUUUUAAUAAAGUGUGUUAAUAUGGACGCCAUGUGUUUGUUAUUGUG